CAGCGAUGAAAGCAGAGGAGAUAAUCGAGACAAACCCGUGGAUGUGCCAUAAAAACGUUUGUAAGAGCUGAGAUAUUCCUUUUCUAGCUGUUAGCCUGGUGAGCACGCAGCUCCGGUGGUUUAGUCGAAGAUAAGAAGCUAUCUGUGUGAAAGGGGAACCUGAGCAAGCUGAGAGAGACAGAGGGGGUUUGUCGGCCCACUGCAGUCUGAAUCACCGCAGACUCGCCCCACCGCUUGUUCAUCAUCGACGACGUUGGCCCAUCGACGGGUGCAUCCCCUCGGAGGAGGAAAGCAACGGGAAGGGACGGGACGGGACGCAAGCCCGAGUUUGACCCUCUGCCGCAGCCCCGAGGUGCGCUGCUUGGCAGGGAGUGCUAAAUAAUGAGCCAAAGGGACACACUGGUUCAUUUGUUCGCUGGAGGAUGUGGUGGCACAGUGGGCGCAAUUUUGACUUGUCCUCUGGAGGUUGUGAAGACCAGACUGCAGUCCUCUUCCAUCACUCUCUACAUCUCUGAAGUCCAGCUCAGCACCGUCAAUGGAGCCAGUGUGGCCCGCGUUGCUCCACCAGGGCCUCUGCACUGUCUCAAGUUAAUACUAGCGAGAGAGGGACCUCGUUCCCUCUUCAGAGGACUGGGACCCAACCUUGUGGGCGUGGCACCUUCCAGGGCGAUCUACUUUGCGGCCUAUUCAACAGCGAAGGAGAAGCUGAAUGGCGUGCUGGAGCCAGACUCUACCCAAGUGCACAUGGUGUCGGCUGGGCUGGCAGGGUUCACCGCCAUCACAGCCACCAAUCCCAUCUGGCUGAUCAAGACGCGUCUGCAGCUGGAAACCAGAACCCGGGGUGAGCGGCGAAUGAAUGCAUUCGAGUGCCUGCGGCGGGUGUACCAGAUGGAUGGCCUGCGAGGUCUCUACAGGGGCAUGUCGGCCUCAUACGCUGGCAUCUCUGAGACCGUUAUCCACUUUGUCAUCUAUGAGGGCAUCAAACGCAAACUGCUGGAGUCUAAGGCCCACUCCAGCAUGGACAAAGAGGAUGAGUCAGUCAAAGACGCCUCAGACUUUGUGGGCAUGAUGCUCGCAGCAGCCACCUCUAAGACCUGUGCCACCUCCAUCGCCUACCCUCAUGAGGUGAUCCGCACACGGCUACGUGAGGAAGGCAGCAAGUAUCGCUCCUUCUUUCAAACUCUGCUGACGGUAUCCAGGGAGGAGGGAUACCGGGCACUGUACCGCGGCCUAACCACCCAUCUUGUCAGACAGAUCCCCAACACGGCCAUCAUGAUGUGCACCUAUGAAGUGGUGGUCUACCUGCUCAGCCGUUAGCCCACAAGGUACGUCUCCUUCCUGUUUAAAGAGGUAGACAGUUAGCAAAUGACUGAGAUGGAAGACCUUUGGCGAGGGAGAGCGAGGACAAAAUGAAGACCAAAGGAAAACCAAGAAUACUCUAAUGGACCAGAAGAGGAAAAAUGGACAAAGAAGAAGAAAUAGGAGGGAGGAAAGCCCUUUUUUUCCACCAGAUCAGCACCAUCACCUCCAGUUCCCUUUAUCAGAAUGCUGGAACAGAUAGUGUUUGCUGUAGUUCACAGAGGAGGUAAUAGGAGGCAUUGACAGGUAAAACACAGAAAGAGUUUGGCACCUGUUAAACUAAGGGUACCUCUGAAAGAAAAUAUUUUAAGCACAAUUCAAUGGCCUUAACAGAAAGGGUUUUAUUUUGCAUCCUUCCCUUGAAAAACGGCCUUUUCACUUUUGAAUAAAGAUGAUAUUGUGAAAGGGGAAUGUUUGAAGGCAAUUGAAUUCGACAGGAGAACUGAUAACUAAACGUAGAUCAAUUUCACUCUACUUGGCACUAUUUGUCUGCCAUGCUCUCGCUUCAGUGCUGUGAGACUACUGCACCGUUUGAUGACUGGCAUUUAAGGAAUGUUCAUGUUAAGCAGAAUGUCAGAAGGAAGUUGGCAACAAAGACAUCAAACUGUUUUUUAAGUAACCUGAGCAACCCAUGUUUGCAUUACAGCAAGUGUGGCUUCAAGCAUUCCCCCCCCCCCCCCCCCCCCCCCCCCCCCCCCCCCCCCCACCUGAUGGCCUGAAGUUCGUACACAGCAGUGAGCUAACUGGCGACGCAUAACAAAACACAAAGAUGAGCUUGUGACGGCCUGUAACUCCCACUCAUGCCUCAGAAACUAGCUUGUAUUUAUAAAGAGUAGAUUGAAAAGCUGACAUUCAGUGAUUUAUUCCUCUGUAACUCUGCGCCUGGUGGUGACAUGGUUCGGGUGAAGUGGGCCUUCUGUGUCGACAGUUUCUCUUUGUUAAAACUGAAAUAAGAUUGUCAUACAAGGCCAGCUUCUGCCUGCUCACAGUCGCUGCUCAGGACUUUAAAAUCUUGUGUGAAAACAUGAGACCAACGUGUCCUUUCGUAUCCUCUAUUUUUUGAGAUGUGAAGUGUGUGAUUGUCCAAAAGGUACCAAGUAUCUACUAUUGGAGUGCCACUACUUGAAUAUAAUGUGACGGUGUGGGGAAAAUGUUGGAGCAGGAGAAUGUUGGUGGCAGUUUUUACAUUUCUGUGUGUGUGUGUGUAUAUCUGCGGUUCAUGUGUGCCUGCAUGUAUAAUUAAUAUCUACUUCAGAUUUCCCUCCACUAACAAUUAUUCUUGCAAGACACUGCGGUUGGGAGUGUGGACAAGCUCCUACUGGCAGCUUUCAUUCACACUCUCAGGCCAGUCCUUCCUUCCAGUGGCUUCCAACUGACCUGAUAACAUGCACUUUUGUGGCCUUUUCGGGCUUGUGCUUUGCAUUUUAUUGUGUGGACAGUUUAAACUUGUACAUUGUAAAAGAAAAAAAGUAUUACUGUAUAUCAAAUGGUAUUUUGCGCAACUGUUCUUAUAGCAGAUAUAUUGUACAGUUUAGAGUCCUCAGUAGUUGUGAAGGAUGUCCAAAUGUGUGUAUAUAAUAUAGAUACUGUAUAUGUAUAUCAUUUAUUGUUUUUUUGUUCUUAAGCCCAUGUAUGAUCAUGCUGUAGUUUGCAAUUUAUUGUUUUCAUAUUUGUGCAAUUUAACCUUGUUUGACAUUGACUGUGACAUGAAUAUUGAUAUUGCUUGACUGAUUUUUUCUUACAGUAUAAACUGUGAGUUUAUUUGUAUUUGUAUGUUGCUGUAAGCCGUCAUGCAAACAUGUUUGCUUAUGCUAAAGAUAACAAAUGCUGCAGGACAAAUACUUUUAUGUAAGCAUUUGUGCUGGAGCAUUGGUUUGUCGUUUUAACGCGUUCAUAAAAAGUGUUCCAUUUUGCAAAGUUUGGAUGUUUCCAUCUUUGGUAAUGUUUACAUCGUUCAUUACUUUCUGUCAGAUUUUUGGUUCUCCUGGCAAUAUGUUUUAAAUAUGAAGAUGGAAUCAUUUUAAUGUGAGAGUUCAACAACUGGAAUCAUCAACACUGUACAGAGUUGGGACUGUUAAAAACUGAAAUUACUAAUCCGUUACUGAAGUGGGUUGUUUACCCUUUUUAAACAAAAUGUUCAUAUAGUAUGCAUAAAGAAUUAUCUUUAGAAAAAUUGGGUACACACAUUUUAUUUAAUUGUAUCCAAGCACCUUAUUUAACCUUGAACACUUUUAUUGUUUGUAAUCAAAACAUCCUUUUACAUUUAACAUGACAUUUAAAAAGCCCUCCCUCCACGACCUACAAACAGAUGUAGUCUCAGUGCACAAUUAUUCCACAUAUGGAAAUGAUAGUUCGCAAAGAUUCCAUGUUUAAAUGAGUAUUGUGUUUAAUUCACCAAUUACAGAAAAUCUGGUGUGUUCACAGCAUGAUGUUCUUGAACGCUCUCAUUUCCCUCCUCCUUGUUUCAGUAUACUUUCAGAGGCAAACCGAGGCCUGUGUUGUAACUUGUAAUAGUUAUUGAUUUACAGUCUCCAUUGUUGCUGUCGAUGCUUGAACAAAAAUAAAUCUGACUCAUUCUAAUGUCCCAUGUUCUCCUGUAAAACACUAAUUGCUUUUAUGUUUUUGAUCCAUUGCAGUAAUACUUGAGGUUAAAUAACCAAAAUGUGAAACAGACAACUGGACAGUGCAAACAUUUCACUUUGCUUUGUACGUCUCAUUUCAGUGUCUGUAUGCAAUUCAAUAUCUUUCUCCUGUAUGCUUAGACAGGAUGCAGCCUCAAUCAGGGUUGAAUGAAACCUGGAAGAUUGUUUUUUCCCAGCUCAAUAUUUGACUGUUUGUUUGUUUGUUUGUUUUUUAAACACAAAAAUAAAUAAAAAUCAACUUGCAACUAAAA